AUGGGUGGUGGUGGGGAGUCUGCAACGACAGGUGAAGAUGCUUUUUUAACUGGUGAUGGUGAAGAGGUUACGUGUGGUGGUGGAGAUGUAGCUUUUGGUGGUGGAGAUGUAGGUUUUGGUGGUGGAGAUGGUGUUUUUUGUGGUGGAGAUGGAGCUUUUGGUGGUGGAGAUGGAGACAAAUCUAAUUUGGAUGAGGGUGUAGGUGGUUUGGGUGGGAGUUGGAUUUCCCCAAGAUUAGGUACAACAUCAACAAAUGGUUCUCUUCCCCCUGAGAAAAUGCACUAUCAGAUGAGCUUUCGUCAUCAGAGUAAGAAACGAGUGGAUUAA